AAGUCGGGGGGGAGGGGCGUGUUCGCGCUCUCCGAGCAGCGAAUGAACAAACCACAACAUGGACAACCUGCGGGACGUUCAAAAUUCUAAACGAAACUCAAAUCCCACCCGCGUCAUGUCGGGUAGCUCCGCGGUGGCCAUGGAGAUUAAAAGGAAGAAAAUAGGACAGAGCGUAUUAUUCCAGGAAGCAGAGAACAGCGACGUUCAAGCGAAGCUGGACUUUGAGGUGCGGAUGCGAGAGGGCGCCUACAAGCUGCUGCGGGCCUGCAGUAAGACGGAAGCGAUGCUCAGCGCCUCCAAGAACCUGCUGACCUGCAACGCCAGGAUCAAGGCGUACAUGGGCCACAUGCGGGAGACAGAGGACAAGCGCAAUCUGACGGGAGAGCUCAGCGGCGAUUCAGAUGCGCGCGUGCCAUGUGGAGCCACACUCGCUCUGUCUGGACUUCGUAUUCCGCUCAUGUGGAAGGAUCAGGAUCACUUCAACAAGAGGGGAAGCUCGCGGCGGGUGGCCGUCUUCUGCCUCAUGCAGAUGGGCUGCCAGGUGCUGGACACCAAGAUGGCGCUGGUGGACAGAUCGGUGACGGACGUCUGCUUUGAAGAAGUCGCCGUCUUUGAAGACGCACCUCCCGGCUUCACGCUGCGGGUGGAGCUGUGGAGCUGCGCCGCGGAGGACGAGCUGGCCCCGGUCAACACGCCGCGGAAGCUGGCAAAGAAGCUGCGGAAUUCCUUGGGCAAGAAGUGGCGCCCUCUGCCGGACACUCCCGACCCCGACGACUUCCUCCAGUCCAACCCGCUGCCGGCAGGUGCCGAGUUCCAUCUGCUGGCCUACUCCACCAUGACGCUGGCCGCCGCCGAAUGCGCCUUUCAGUCCCACUCGCUGGUCGUCCUCCAAAACUCCGAUCGGUCGUCGUGGCUUCCCCUUUACGGCAACCUGUGCUGCCGCUUGGCGGCCCGGCCGGCGUGCAUGACGCGACGCGCCAUGGCCGGAUACCUCCACCGCAAGCCGAGCGCGGAGGGCCCCGAGCCCCGCCGCCUCUUCUGCGUGCUGAGCGCCGCCACCUUGUGGUGCUACUCGGGCCCGGAGGAACCCGAGGAGCCGGACGCCCGAGCGCGGCCGGCGCUGCGCCUGCCCGUCAAUAAGGACACCCGCAUCCAAGUGAUGGAAAAGCAGUCUGGGGGGAAGAAGUUUCGGAGCCUGUCCAUCAUCAACCCUUCGCCGGAGGGAACCCGCAGCCAGGUCUUCACGGCCGACCCCCCGGAGCAGCUGGACCAGUGGCAGGAAGCGCUGCACCAGCACCUCUACGAUCAAAGUCGGUGGCCGCACUGCUGCGAGCGGCCCGCGAGCGUCGAGGCGGCGGCGUCGCCGCGGAAACCCUCCCUCUUCCUCACCAAGCCGGCCGACCGCGUGUACAACGAGCUCAGCAUCCAUUCUCCGGGCAAGUGUGAGAGUGUCACCGACAUCAUCCGCAGCGAGAUCCGAAAGUCCGACGGCCGCUUCCCCAUGGGUGAGCGGGAGGCCCGGGAGCCUCCCAAUUGGGCCGCUCUCUUUGACGGCUCGCCCUCCUUUGAAUGGCGGCGGAAGACGGCGGCCGCCGUUCUGUCCCGGAGUCAAACUCGCAGCUCGCCUUCAAGCCCCGAACCGCGUUGCAGUGCCACGCCUGACAGCGGCAAGAAACGGCGUGCGCCGCUUCCUCCCGCCGUGCCUCCUCCCGCUCACGUCCCUCGACCCGAGAGACCUCCUCGUCCUCCUCCUCCCACCCCUCCGCACCCGCAAAAGGAGAACACUUUGCGGGCCAAGUCCAAAACCGGAAGGCGGUCCCUGGAUGCCAAAUUCUCCGCCAUCGUCCAGCAGUUGCAGCGCAACGGCAAAUACGGAGGCGGCCUUCCGGCGGCCGGCCGCAAGAGGGCGCCGCUCGCCGUCGGCGGCGUCGCCGUGCCGGGGGGCCGUCCGAGGGAGUCGUCCCGGGAGAGGAGCCGCCUCAAAGCCGGCCUGGAAAGCUGAACUGCAAUUCGUCCUGCGGG